GUGAAACGGAUAAAGACUACAACUCCCACAACUCUUUGCGCACAUCGGUGACGUGGCCAGCGUUACCCAGCAGACCGGGGCGAUUUGAACUGCAUUUUGGAUGCAAGUAAUUUUCUAUUUCAUUUAAUUCUUUUCAAACUAUUUUACCGGUGGAUUUUACUUUGUAAGUGAUAAAAUACAAGCUACUUUAUUAAAGCCGGUAAUUUCGCAUCACGAUGUCCGGGAAAAUCAAAAGCAGGAGUGCUGCAAAUGCCGACUCAAUAUCUAGCAGUGUGUCCUGCGACGAGCGCAUCUUACGGGACUGCCACCAGAUGUACACCGAUCCGGAUAGCGGACUAAUAACAAUUGCUCAGACUGUUGGGGUGACCUUGCUGCCUCCCCGGAAAAAGAUAACUGUGAUGUUGAUGGGGAACCACUCCGCUGGAAAGAGCAGCUUUGUCAAUUGGUAUGUGGAGGAGCAUAUUCAAAGAACAGGGGUCGCGAUAGAGACACAGGGCUUCAGCUUUGUUACAAGUGGGCGAAAGAGGGAAUCGCUCACAGGAAAUGCAACGCUCCAUCUCUAUCCCCAUUUCAAACCACUGCAGGAGUUUAAAGGGGUGUCAGAAUACCUCGGCACUGAGAUUUGUACUUCACGACAGAAACGUUUCAGCUUGGUGACCUUUGUUGACACUCCUGGUCUGGUGGAUGGAGAUAUGAAGUACCCCUUUGACGUGGAUCAAGCUAUUCUGUGGCUCGGUGAGCUCUGUGAUCUGAUCCUGGUCUUCUUUGACCCAAUGGGACAGGCUUUAUGCAAGCGCACACUCAACAUUGUAGAGAAACUGAAUGAGAAGCAAGGAGACCGUCUCCGAUUUUAUCUCAGUAAAGCGGAUGAGGCUGGAGGAGAUUCUGAUCGACAAAGAGUUAUGAUGCAGAUUGUGCAGGAGCUUUGCAAGCGUCCAGGACUCAACAAGUGUGGCUUUGACAUGCCCACCAUCUAUGUUCCCAACCCUAAUAAGCCCAGUCGAUGUGUCAAUCAGAUAGAGGAGGUGUGUCGGACUAUAGAGAAGACCAUUAACCAGACUGUGCAGAACACGCUUAACUCAUUGGAGAAGGACUGCAACCUCAUCACCGAGGCCAUCACUGAGACACUUGAUAAUGAUCGGCAGUGCAGUAUAGAGAACCGUCGAUCACGUUUCAAGGGCUGUUUGUUGGGCAUGCUGGGUUUCACUAUGCCCCUGCUGCUGCUCGUGACCCUGGUGCUUGGCAGCCUCUCCAAAGAUAUGCUGGUGCUCAUGCUGGGUAAUAGUGGCAUAGAGGCACUCACACUAUAUGUGGUUCCUGCACUGAAGGCGUUUGAAUCCUUGUCAGCAGAGGUGCAGCUGUACAGUUGUGCUGGACUGGUGCUGUUGUCCUUCAUCUUUAUCCUCCUUGCUCGCUUUUCUUUCAGGACCAAACCAACACUCUCUGGGAAACAAAAGAGACUGCUUCAGCAAAAACUGGAGUAUGUCCAGGAGGUAGUGAAGAUCAAAAAGAAAAAUCUCUAUGAGGAGUACCUGCGUCAGAGUGUGGGUGAUCAGGACAUGAACUGAGAGGGAAUAUAGACUUCAAAGAUCUGGAUAGGAUGAAUACAGCACCCAGAAGUACCACUAAACCGCAUCUAAUCAUUCCUGUAAUGUAGCAGACACCGAGAAGCUAUUUCAUGGGCACUUAGUUACACACUACUGCACCUGUAAGCUAUGUCUUUCAGCAUUAAAUAAUGAUGGAGCUGUGGACCAAUACUAUGUUUGUUUUAUUUUUUUAGUCUCAUUGCAGUAUAACAAUUGUACUGUAAGGAAUAGUUGAAGGGGCAUGUUAGGAGAUUGGAUUAAUGCUCUGAAUAAUCCUAUUGUUUGGCAAUAGCAGUUUUUAAUAUCAUUCUCCUUUUCUCUGCUAUGUACCUAAAAUACUCUGUAUUUUAUGGUAAAUUACCAGAAUUACUGAGAAAUGUGAAGCCCUUCAUUUAUGACAUUAGAUUCUUAUGACUUCUGGUGUUUAUUUACAUCAUUGUCAAUUUUAAUAGAAAUAUUGAAGCUGGCUUUUGUAUACCACACUUUCCUAAGUUUUUAUGUCAAGUUAUUGCUGUUACGAUAAUAAAAUAAUGAA